AUGCGUUCCAUAAGCAACGGCGCCUCCGCCACCUCCUUCACCAACGAUGUCUGUCCUCAGGCGCCAGAAGACCCUCUCUUCGGUCUGAUGGCCGCGUACCGUCGAGACACGGAUCCGAAGAAGAUUGACUUGGGUAUUGGUGCAUACCGCGACGACAACGCGAAGCCGUGGGUGUUGCCAGUUGUUAAGCAGGCAGACAAGCUCCUCCACAACGACCCAGAGCUGAACCACGAGUACCUCCCCAUCGCCGGUCUGCCAGACUUCACUUCCGCCUCACAGAAGCUCAUCUUGGGCAAGAAGUCGCCUGCAAUUCAAGAGAAGCGUGCGGUCGCCGUUCAGACCAUCUCAGGCACAGGAGCUGUGCAUCUCGGUGCCCUCUUCCUCGCCCGAUUCUACAACCCAUCAAACUCAGACGCCAAGGCGGUGUACGUGAGCACACCGACAUGGGCAAACCACAACCAGAUCUUUGGCAAUGUCAAGCUUCCUGUCAAGGGCUACCCAUACUUCUCCAAGCAGACCAAGGGUCUUGACUUCGACGGCAUGAUUGGCGCCAUUGAGGGCGCUCCAGAAGGAAGCAUCAUCCUCCUCCACGCUUGCGCACAUAACCCUACCGGUGUCGACCCCACACAAGAGCAAUGGAAGAAGAUUGCGGAAGUCAUGAAGGCCAAACACCACUUCCCAUUCUUCGACACUGCCUACCAAGGCUUCGCAUCCGGUUCGCUAGAGAAGGACGGCUGGGCCAUCAACUACUUCGUCGAGCAAGGUUUCGAGCUUCUCAUCGCGCAAUCGUACGCCAAGAACUUCGGUCUUUACGGUGAGCGUGCUGGCUGUUUCCACUUCAUCACUUCGCCUGGCUCUCACGCUGCCGAGACCGUGUCCCGUGUCGGCAGCCAGCUUGCCAUCCUUCAGCGCUCGGAGAUUUCCAACCCACCCGCAUACGGCGCUCGCAUCGCGUCUCUGGUUCUGAACGACGACAAGCUCUUCGCGCAGUGGGAAGAGGACCUUCGCACCAUGUCUGGCCGUAUUAUUGAGAUGCGCAAGGUCCUCCGCAGCAAGCUCGAGGAGCUGGGCACACCAGGCACCUGGAACCACAUUACCGACCAAAUUGGCAUGUUCUCGUUCACCGGCCUCAACCCAGAUCAGGUCAAUAAGCUGCGCGAGAAGUUCCACAUCUACAUGACGCAGAAUGGCCGCAUUAGCAUGGCAGGUCUCAACACGAAGAACAUCGAUUACUUCGCCAAGUCUGUCGACAGUGUCGUAAAGGAGACUUCAUAA